UGCAUACCUGUCUUCAUCAGGAAGUGGGGCGUCUGACGCUCAAGCUCCUCUUCGUCCCCAUCCCUCCCUGCCUCUUCCGUAGCCGUUAUGGCUCAAGGUCAAGGGCGCAGGCAUUCAUGAGCCCUUGAAUUCCUCCAGUGUCACUUGUUACCAAUCCUGUUGCGCCGAACGUGCACACGCCGAGACCAGCCAUUGACUCGGCCGUUCUGCGUAACCCCCUCGUUACGCUGCCCUGGCUUCUUGCAACGUUCUGUAAAGAGGAAGGGUGGCCAUGCGAGUGCAGCCCCUCAACGUUGACGACGCAGGGCUUGUACCCACAAGGAACGCAUCCGGGUCUCGGCGACUCUCCCAAACCGAAACCUCUCUCGGAAGCGAAGGGCUCCGGAGCUACGGUGUCGGGAGCAUCGGCCUAAGUUCCCGCACGUCAUCGGUCAUGUCCGUGGACGUGGAGUACCCCAGCUUCUCGACGGAAAUGGCUAAAGUGAAGUCGGUCAAGGUUGAAUGGUUCCUUACAUCCUGGUCGCGCAGGGUGGUCGAUAACAUGUACUUUGUGGCUCUAACCACAAUUCUGACCAUAUGGGCACUCACCGGUGAUGAUUUGAGACUGAUCUUCACCCACAAACCUGCAGACAUAGCGUUCAACACAAUAGUGAUUUGUUCUAUGGUAGUCUUUACUGCUGAGAUCUUCCUGUCGCUCAAGGGCAGAGCCGACUACCCUGGAAGUUUUUUCAUGGUGUUGGACAUCGUAGCCACUGUAAGCAUGCUGCUAGACAUCACUUGGUUCGUGGAAGAACUGGACACCUUUCUUGGAGGGGAAGAAUCCGACGACGGCAACGCCAACAGCUUGCGGAGCGGUCGAUCCGCCAAAAUCGGGGCAAAGGUUGCGCGCAUCGUCCGGGUGGUUCGCCUGGUGCGCAUCGUGAAGCUGUACAAGGCCUACCACGACGCUCGGCUCGAGCGGCUGCGGAAGAAGGAGCGCCUGGAGCGCGAGCGCACGGGCACCUCUCCGGGCGAGUUCGACGACUGGGACGAGGAGGACCUGCAGGACGACCGCGUGCGCAAGGACAGCCAGGAGAGCCAGAUCGGCAAGAAGCUGUCGGACCUGACCAUACGCCUGCUCAUCGUCCUCAUCCUGGCGCUGCUCCUCGUGCUGCCCUUCCUGGCCCGGGAAGAGGUCAACCUGCUGCCGUUCUCUGCCGACUACGGGGCAGACGCGGUGUGGCAGGCCUUUGAGGCCUACGGGCAGGGCUCCCGCGAGCAGGAGGACUACGAGGAGUCGAUGCUGAAGUACAUCUACUACCACAACUGGUUCGCCCACGAAGAGGGCCAGGAGAUCGACCAAGACAGCGCCAAGAACUCAUACAGCCAGCUCUUCUGGGUCGGGGUGUCUGGUAAAGACGAUGCGGCGGUGACCAGGAGGGCCGCCGCCGCGACCAUACGGGAGGCGGUUUUCGCAGGCUGGCAGACCGACGCCAGAGCCGACGACAGACUCACAGCUUCGAUGUAUUCGUACGGGGAUAUGCCGCAGCAGGUCCACGGCAUCAUCACUGGAAAUUGGACUACGAGGUGUAACAAAGGCUCUUUCUUCAGCCUCGGCUUCUCGAUGUUGGCCCAGGAGGUUCCAGGCGUGCUCUCGCACGUCAUAGGGUGUCCGGACGACUUGCGUUACCAGGAGGCCAUGAAGUACGCUCCCCAGGUCAUAAGCAUCAGCCAGUACGAUGUCUACCAUCUCGCUUUCUGGUUCGACGUUCGCCCAUUCAUCCGCCAAGAGUCCGUUUUGAGUCUAGCCACAACAUUCUUUGUGCUUGUCCUUCUGAUCUCUGGCUCCAUAUGGUUCAUGAGCGGUUCGAACAAGCUCUUGGUGCACCCCCUCGAGGCGAUGAUGAUGCGCGUGAAGGAGAUUCAAGAGAACCCAAUGAAUGCCAUGAAGAUUUCCGAUGAGGAGUUCAAGGCAGAGCAACGGGAAAAGGUGAAUCAGCACUUGAAGCGCAAGUACAUGAUGUCCAGCUUUGUCGAGCGCCUUAUGUCUUGCUGCUGUGAGGGGCCCACACAGGACUUGAUGGAAACGUCGAUCCUGGAGAAGACCAUCAUCAAGCUCGGAAGUUUGUUGGUGCUUGGCUUCGGAGAAGCAGGAGCCAACAUCAUCAGCCACAAUCUGUCAGGGGGCAAUACUGUAGGGGUUGACGCCAUGGUUCCUGGCGAGCUUGUGCAUGCCAUCAUAGGGGUAGCACGCGUUCGCGAUUUCAGCGUUGCCACUGAGGUUUUGCAGUCUAAGAUCAUGACUUUCGUGAACCAGAUUGCUGAGAUUGUGCACGGUGUUGCAAGCGAGUUCCACGCUGCGCCUAAUCGGAACAGUGGAGACGUAUUUCUGCUGAUAUGGCGCGACACGGAGGAAGAGGAUUGCUCAACGACUCGGCUAGCCGAAUUGUCGUUGCUCGCAUGCGCAAAGAUGCUCGCUGCCCUCCACCGCAGUCCAGUCUUGGCCACAUACCGCAGCCACCCUGGGCUGCAGAAUCGACUCGGGGAGAACAACCAGGUCAACAUGUCGUUUGGCCUUCACUCCGGCUGGGCAGUGGAGGGCGCGGUUGGGAGCGAAUUCAAGAUCGAUGCGUCUUACGUGUCUCCGAACGUGGCUGUGGCCCACAGCGUGGAGGCCGCGACACGGGCUUACAAGGUCUCCCUGAUAAUUUCGCAGGCCGUGACCGAAUGGUGUGGCCCAGCGUUCUUGUCGAAGCUGCGACGCAUUGACUGCGUCCACGUGUCUGGCUCUAGGGAGCCCAUGGAGCUCUUCUGCAUGGACCUGGACUACAGGUGCGUGCGGGUGGAGGAGCCGGACAAGUGUGAAGUCAUCCCGAUGUGGAACACGCGCAUCCGCUUCAAGGCAAGGCAGUACUUGGAGAACGAGAAGAAGUCGGCUCUCAGCUCCGACUACAACCCGGCCGAGGCUUUCAAUUGCGACAAGGUAAUCUCCGCCAUGCGCCGGCGCUACACCGUGGACUUCUUCCAGCUCUUCAAUGCGGGUUACCAGAACUACAAGGAGGGCGAGUGGGAGGUGGCCAGCACCAUGCUGUCUGGCACCAAGGCAUGCAUCGGGUACGAGGACGGGCCUAGCGAGGCCCUGCUGCAGUUCAUGGCCAGCCACUCCUUGCAGGCGCCCAAGACGUGGAACGGCAUACGAGAAUUUGCUGAGCUUGACGUGGAUUGACUGAUGAGGCAGCUCACGCCAAACGCAACAUGCAGGCUUCAGGGUGCUGCCUUGAGCACCUCUUCGACUGCGAACGGUCGCACCCAUCCCUCAAGCUUCUCAUGGAUGGGGAUGGGAAGACAUUGGUAGAUUUUUCCGCAAGGAAACCAGGCAUGCUACUCUCAUGUGCCAGCAAUCGGGGCUUCCCAGUGUAUGACUGAAAACUUCCAUAGAGUUGUACAUUAAGCCGGAGGUGCCGAUAUUUUGCAUUGCGCUGUUUGUUGUCCUUGCUCGCUCCUUGCGGCGGAUGCCGGUGAUGGACUCCCCCUCUGCCUCUCGAACUCGACGCUCCUCUCUCCACUCAGUGUCGUGAUCGGGUCGACGGAUGUUCGCGGUCGGCUCUAAUAGUCGCUAUCCGAGCUCGACAGGAGGGCCCCAUUCUGGGUAGGUUUUCCGCUUGUAUGCUCCGCAACCAUACCAGUGUAAUUAUAGCCGUCUCGUCCUGCCGAACAUGCUCCAUCAAUUCAGGUCUUAUGCGGAGGUGCGGGCAGUCGCCCUCCGUGUCUUUCAAGUCGGCCGUGAAGUUUGCGACAGUAGUCGCCAAAUCUAUGUUGGUAAAGCCAAGGCCGCCCUGAUAAGGGUGUUCGGCAAGUUUGUCUCUCCAUUGGUCCCCUGACCAGUGGCAGCGAUAACUGCAGCAGAACCGUUCUUCGGGCCCACGUCAGUUUCUCUGUUGGGCGAUUUUUAAUCCGUGCAUGUCUGCAAACCUGCUCUCCGAGUACGCGGGCCAGAACCCGCUCAUUCUCUCUCCGCAUCCCUGUAAGCAUCCCGUAACUUAUCAAGCGCGUAAGUUAACCUGCUCAAGCUCGUCGUCGACCCUGCUACCCUCG